AUGUCUGCCAACGACUACUACAACCAGCAGGGUGGAGGCUACCCCCAGCACCCCCAGCCUUCCUACGGCCCUCCCCAGGGCCACUACAACGGCCCCCCGCCCCAGCAGGGCGGCUACUACCAGCAGGGUCCUCCUCCUCAGCAGGGCUACGGCGGUCCGCCGCCCAUGCAGUAUCAGCAGCAGCCCCCUCCGGAGCACAAGGGCAACCACGGCGGCGGCGAUAGCGGUGUGAAGGGCCAGCGGAACUGCCUGCUCGCCUGUCUGGCUACCAUCUGCUUCUGCUGCGCCGUCGAGGAGUGCUGCGAGUGCUGGUAG